UUAUUAAUUGCUUUAUUUUUUUAUUUGUUUCCACAGGCCAUGGCCAUGGCUUCUUUCCUAGUAGCUUUGGUGCAAUUGGCUCUAUUGCCAUCAGCGUUUGGAGGUGCAUAUUAUGGACACAAACCACAUCCUCAACAACAUCAACCCUUACCACAGAUGCCUCACAUGGGCAUGGGAAAGGAUAUGUCACACAUGCCAUAUCCACACUACAGAAAAGACCUACCAAUGCACCUAAACAAAGGCAAAGAUAUCAAAGGUGAGACCAUUCCCAGAGGUGAGCAGGGUGUUCAAGGAGAGACUGGACCGCAAGGGCCCCCUGGUCCACCUGGGCACCAAGGACCUCCUGGGCCUCAAGGUAUUGGUAUACAAGGCCCUCUUGGAAGGCCAGGACCUUCCGGUCCUCCAGGAUUUCCAGGAGUUGGUAAGCCAGGAAUGCCAGGUAUGCCCGGGAAGCCAGGAGGUAUUGGGCAGCCUGGACAGCAAGGUGAACAGGGACCCAGAGGUGAAGACGGACAACCAGGCAUGACUGGGCCACACGGCCCUCCUGGACCCCCCGGCCUGCCAGGAAUAGGAAAGCCUGGUGGACAAGGAUUACCAGGACAGCCAGGGGCAAAGGGAGAGCCAGGACAUAAAGGUUUUCCUGGUCUCCCAGGGUUACCUGGGCCUAAAGGAGACAGAGGAAUUGGACAACCAGGCCCACAAGGGCCAAAAGGGCCAAUUGGGCCACCUGGUCCUCCAGGGCUGGCAGGAUUACCAGGGGUCGGUAAGCCUGGUCUUCCUGGUGUAGCAGGUCCACCUGGUAUACCAGGAAAACCUGGAGAGCCUGGGGAGCCAGGUCCAGAGGGUCCACCUGGUGGACAAGGCCUACAAGGACCACAAGGAGCCCCUGGUAUUGGAGUUCCAGGAGAAAAAGGAUUACCAGGACAGCCAGGUGCACCUGGACACAAAGGAUUACAAGGACCACCAGGGUUGCCUGGGAAACCUGGAUUACCUGGAUUUGGCAAACCUGGAUACCCUGGCCCAAAGGGUGACAAAGGGAUGGGAGGGCUUCCUGGUCCUCAGGGACCAAAAGGAGACAAAGGUUACGCUGGUCAACCAGGCAUGACGGGUCCCACUGGUCAAACUGGUCCUCCGGGCCCUCCAGGACCAAUGGGGGCACCGGGAGGAAUUGGUUCCCCAGGACUAAAAGGAGAAGGAGGUGCAGAAGGAACCAAGGGAGAUCCUGGACCUAUGGGGCAGCCAGGUCCUCCAGGAUUUCCUGGUCAACCAGGCCUCCGAGGUGAAGAUGGAGAACCUGGGCCAAGAGGACAACCAGGAUCCAUAGGACCCAAAGGAGACGGAGGAAGCAGAGGUCUACCUGGUCCCCCAGGUCCAUUGGGCUUGCCUGGUCUUAAAGGAGAACCUGGUCAGACUGGCCCUGAAGGACCACAGGGUCCUAAAGGUAUUCCAGGACUUGCAGGGCCAGGAGGACCAAUUGGGUCUCCUGGACCUUUUGGGCCAAAGGGAGAAGUUGGUCCACCAGGUCAAGCUGGUCCGCCUGGUGAAGGCAUUGCUGGAAUCCCUGGUACUGUUGGUCCAGCAGGUCCACCUGGCCCAAAUGGAUCCCCAGGUCGGCCAGGAAUCCCAGGUCCACCGGGACCUCCUGGACCCCCAGGCCCCCCUCCUUCUCCUGACCUGAUGGGUGUUCUUCCUGAGAUGGGCCCUGCCAUAGAUGGUAUAAAAACUGGUGGGUACAAGAAAGGGAAGUAUGCUGGUGGGGGUGAUAUAAUGGGUGCCAAUGGUCUGGAGAUGCCUGCUUUCACUGCCCAGUUGACCACACCAUUCCCUCCAGUUGGCACGCCAAUAGUGCUUGACAAAUUACUGUAUAAUGGGCGUCAGAAUUAUAACCCUCAGACCGGUGUGUUCACCUGUGACCUCCCAGGCAUCUACUAUUUUGCCUAUCAUGUGCACUGCAAGGGUGCCAAUGUAUGGGUUGGGCUCUACAGGAAUGGGGAGCCACUUAUGUAUACAUAUGAUGAGUACAAGAAGGGAUACCUGGAUCAAGCAUCUGGGAGUGCUGUGAUUCCAUUACAACCAGGAGACACAGUUUAUUUACAGUUACCAUCUGACCAGGCAGCUGGAUUUUAUGCAGGACAGUAUGUCCACUCUUCCUUCUCUGGCUUUUUACUGUACCCAAUGUAGACCGCAAGAAUAAGUGAAAGAAUUUUAAGGAGAAAGAGGGGAAGAACAAACUGACAUUAAAACGUUUGACUUUUAAAAAAUGUCAGUAUUUUCACAGGGAAAAAAGAAGACUCAUGGAAACAGCUCCUUUAAACACAACCAGACAAUAUCAAUCUACAGACUGUAUGAGUAUAUGCAAUGAUAAAUUACAGAAUACUGUGUCUGUAAAGAUACAACCUGCACAAAGACUCUCACAGAUUGUAGUUAGAACAUUCAGUUACACACCACAUUUAAAUAGAUUUUUGAAAAGAUUGUUUUUGUAACGUAUUUAUGUAUUUGUUUAAUUGGUGGUAUCCAACAUGAGUAUACAUGCUUUACAAUGUUUAGAACACUAUUUUUAAUGACAUUUGCAUGAUAACUAAUGUAUUCGCUUUGAAUGAGAUGAGAAAAGCCAUUCAGUUUUUCCAAAAUAUCACAUAUCAUGUUUCUCUUUCUUUAUCAAUGAUUUAAAAAAAAUGUUAAAGGUUUUGCACACUUGUAAUAUUAUGACACAACCUCUGUGUGAACUGCAACCAAAGUAUGAAUUUGUUUGUGUGUCUGUCUGUGUGUGUGUGUGUGUGUGUGUGUGUGUGUGUGUGUGUGUGUGUGUGUGUGUGUACACGAGCAUGAGAGAGCAUGUGUGUGUGCUAGAUUUUAUUUUAGCCAAACUCCCCGCCCCCCAAAAAUAUUAGUUUUAAACUUUAAAUAUUAAUUUGUCUGAAAACCACUUCUGUUUCUGUAAUGAACUUGCAUCAAAAUUAUAUAGUUUUACUCACAAUACUUUAAAUCUCAUGAUCAUCAAUCACAUCACAUCACUUCCUUUGUUUCCACCCUAUUCUGAAUUCAACUGCUGGCUUUUCAACUGUUGGAUGAAAUUUUACCCUUUUUUGACUACUGAUUGUAUAAUAACCUUUGUUUUUAUGUCUGUUACUUUCAGUGACGGUGCAAAAAUGGUCUAAUCCAAUGAAAAUCCGUUUGAGUACCUCCCA